GAGCGCGAGUGUCUUUUAUUUUGAAGGGCUAAAAGUUAGGAGUCCAGCACGCAUGCGCACAAGUAAAAUACAAACGGAAGACCCGGGCAUUGGAAAGUAAAGACGAUGCCAAACACCGGGAGCUCACUGUAUGGGCUGUGAAUGCGGACAGCGCCACAUGGAGGCUGUGCUGAAAAACGUGGGCUGCACCGUGGAGCUGCUGGCAGUGGCUGCCCACUGCGGCGUGGUGAAUGAGUGGGAUGAGCAGACCGUGACCAGGGCUUUUCACUGGGCCAGGUACUGUGAGCAUAUUUACAGCAGGUUCCACGGUAACCCCGUCAUCAGAGGAGUCCUGGAGAAGCAGCUACAGCUCACCAAUCACCGUUUGAAGGAAGCUCUUCCUGAAUACAACGCAGUGUCGUUUUUGGAUCUGGGCCGCUGCCAGGACCUGCUGCUUCUCUGGCUGUUGAACAACUCUGCAUUGCCGAUCUCCAUCAUGAAGAUGCUCUUUGAAACCAAGGCCUCUGCUGAUUCUACAAGCAGCGACUAUGAAGACGUCAGAGGCCUCUGCAACCAGAUCAUUCAGUGUAAAUCUGCCUGUACGGUGCUGCGUCCCCUCCUGGGCGUCCCCUCUGUUGGUGCUGAUGCUGAGGUUCAGGGAGAGAUGCUGAUGGAAAGGUUGGGGUCCGCGCUGAGCCAGAGCAGCGAUCCCCGCCGGGCGGAGGACUUUCUGAGCUCCGUCCUUCAGGAAUUUGAGGUUGCAGCGGAGCAUUUGUGUCCAGUCAUCGCUGCAGCUCUGCUGACAACAGACUCGGCUGUACAAACCGCCUCUCAGGAGUUUCUCCUGGACUGGCUGCAGAGUCGGCGCGGCGUGCUGCAGAACGUGUGCACUGCGCUGCCUUCCAAGCUUCUUGCAGACUUGGCAGAAAGACACCAGAAAUUUAGAGAUGCGUUCUGCAAGUUGCUGAAGAAGUGGGCCUCGGAGAUGGAGUACAGGGUAACUGAAGGCGAAUGGGUUCACGCUGCUACAAACUCUGCGGUGUCCUUCCAGAAAAUGACAGAGCAUUAUUUGACUCUGUUUGAAGCCUGUCCCUCUCUGAGGACGGAAAUAGAGGAUGAGCUAAAUGCACAGAGGAUUGCUGAUGGAGACUUUGAUGUCAGAGGUCUGAGUGUGUGGGGGGACAUCCUGUUGGCAUUGAGAAAGUGACGCUCAGACCUCUGGUUUCUUUAGAACUAGAAGAUAUCACCAAGUUUACAUGGUAAUCUGUCUGCCUGAUGUCUGUUAAUACUAAAUAAAAUAAGACAAAUAAAAAGAAAUCUGAUCAUCUGAAGGAUGCAGUGCACCUGUUCAGUACUGCUUUUAUGGUUAUUUAUAUUUAUUAUACUGUGGUUUCCUAUUGUUGAGCAUUGUUCAAGAAUGUUUUUUAUGAAGUGGAAUUGAACAAUAAGGCAAUAAAUAAAUUUUUUUAGGUUAUGUAUUUAUGUAUAUUUUUAUGUUUUGUAUCAGCAGGUAUAAUAUCAGAACUUUGGCAUGAUUAGGACUAGUUCUAACCAUGCCAAAAUAUUUUUAAAAAAGGCUUUGAUGCAAAUUUUGAUUGCAUAUAUUUCAUACCAUGACUGACUUAAAACUGAAACACUGUAAAUAUUACAGAAAAUACUUUAAAUGUAAACCAGAAUAUAAUCAGAGAAUAGGAAAUUAAAAAAAAAUUGAACAUGCCAGAGUAAAAUAAAUUUUCAUACUCUUUGUGAAGCAAAGCUUCAGUAGAUUCAUACAGAUGUAGGUAGAAUCAGAUAGUUAGGAACAAGGGAUUUCUGUUUAGUUACCAUAGCUACAACAAUGGAGUUUGGAUUGUCGUCUGUGUUAACUGUUCUGCGAAAGAGUCAGGAAAACAUGUCAAACCAAUAAGAAAUAGUUCAUACAUUUACAAGAGACCUGCUCUGCUCUGCUGAGAUAGUGACAGUGACUGAGUUAAUCCAGUUACUUUAAGCAGGUCAAAGCAGUCAAGAAAAACUGUAAAACAAGUUUCAUAGACUUUCAAAACUCAUCAUUUUACCUGUAGUAUUGCAGAAUGACUAAUCAUUAUGAUCCACAGUAUAUGCUACAUUAUGGAACAUUGCUUCUUGCUGUUUGCUUAAAGAAAUAUGAACAAAGGUUUUUUUUGUCAGGUGUUGAGACACAUGAAAAAAAUCAAAAAGCUGAUUGAGUUUUUUAGAAUUUAGAUCAAAUCAUUUUUAUGUUAGAAUAGCCUUGACCUAAAUCUACGGUAAUAGAAUAUAUGCAAAGAUUUUUUUAUUGUUUUUUAAUAGAUUAUUUCUAAGUUAAAAUAUUCAGAUAUAGAUUUGUUUAAUAAGUAAUGACUUUAAAGGGCUAUAAAGUAAUAAAACACAAUCAGCAAAGCAGCCAAACACUGAAUUAAUUCAACUGUUUCCUAACUACAUUCUCCAGAAAUGAUUUUUCCCUUUCUCUCACACUAUCUGUCAACAUCCCCUGCAGCGCUGCUCGCUCCAAACCAAUACAUUUUGAUUGGCUUCGUGCCAGUCAUGUGACUGGACUGGUAAUUUGCACAUCUCAGACUUCACCUUCAUGUCGAAGCACCUCUGUGGACGAGGGAUCAAUUAGUGAGACUCUGGCCUCUCCCUCAGUCAGCCGGUGUGUGACAGGUCUCUGUCAGACGGCGGAUUAGAGCAGAGGAGGAAACACCAACACAGCCACGGCUCGUUUAACACGCCGCAAAGGCAAUUCACGUAGAGACAGACAAGGGUCAGUGGGCAAGGGCAGCUCCUACACAACCAAUUUAUUUCCAGGCAAUGAAAACAUAUGCGUCAGGCUGGAGGAAAUCCAACAACGACUGAGGAAUCUGACUGAUCUAUUGGGAACAAACACAAAGAAGAAGAAUUUAGUUUAACAAACCAAUGCGUUUUUAAUAUAGUCUUGCAACUGAGGAGAUUGUGGUUCUCACUUUUACUCUCAGCCUCACACAUAACUGGCAGGAGGUGUGAGCAGUCAUGGCGAUGACUCACAUGUGUUACUGACUGACUUACUGCAAGAUGACAAGGUUUGAAAAUGCUCUGCCUACAAAUGUCAAAGCUGGAACCAGAUUUCCUUUUUGUUUUAUUGAAAUAAAAUAGUUUGUAUAAAGAAAAGAAGUAAAAACCUUCAAUAUGUCAUUUUAGAGAACAAAUCUGCCUAUUCUUGCAGGGAAGCAGGAUAUUUUUUUGCAUUUCCUCCAGCAUCCCUCCUUCCGUUUUGCUUUCUGAUAUUGUUCUCUGUCAGCGUGGGGUGGCAAACUGCAGUGAGACGUGCUGAGAGGGGGGCACUGCUGUUCUGCGGCGUCCACAGGGUCACGGAGGAUAACAUUCAUUAAAACUCAGACCCAGCCACCAUCUGGUGGAGUGAAUAGGGAUUUCUCGGAGGGGGUGGGUUGCUGAAAGGGUAGAGCCCUCCCUCGGCACGCGCCUAUGAGAGGAGGGGGACCCCUGGUCACACCUGUGUCCCACUCAGAACAUGAUGGACACCGACGAGAAAAAUAAUUCUGAGGAAGAUGUGGACUCUGUUCUGCAUUAGAACAGUUAAAUAAGGCUGCCAGAGGAGCUGUUGAUACAGUAACUAAUUUGCAUUUUAAAGAAAGGGAAGGGUUUUUUUUUGGCCAGUAAUCUGCUGAAAUAUGAAGAAACAGAAAUGCAAAACAAAAUUAAGCAGGUUUUUAUAGCUAGUUAGGCAAAAGUCAGCUCAUUAUAUAUCCAAUAUUA